AUGUCGGACGAGGAGCAUCACUUCGAAUCGAAGGCAGAUGCCGGCGCCUCCAAAACUUACCCGCAGCAGGCCGGUACCAUCCGUAAGAAUGGUUACAUUGUUAUCAAAGGCCGUCCUUGCAAGGUUGUGGAAGUUUCAACUUCCAAGACCGGAAAGCACGGUCAUGCUAAAUGUCACUUUGUUGCAAUCGACAUCUUCACUGCAAAGAAGCUCGAAGAUAUUGUCCCAUCUUCCCACAACUGUGACGUUCCUCAUGUUAAUCGCACUGACUACCAGCUUAUCGACAUCUCUGAGGAUGGAUUUGUGAGCUUGUUGACUGAGAAUGGCAACACCAAGGAUGACUUGAAGCUCCCAACUGAUGAAAGUCUUCUUUCCCAGAUCAAGGCUGGAUUUGAAGAGGGGAAGGACCUUGUUGUGAGUGUUAUGUCUGCUAUGGGGGAGGAGCAGAUUUGUGGUCUCAAGGACAUUGGUCCCAAAUAA